AUGCUAAAUGCUGAUUGUCUGGAUAUUUGCCAUGAGAUACAAGACAGGUAAGUGGAGAGUACCGCUGAAAUAUACUCGGAGUCAAGUGUGGAUUUCAUGCUCUUUAUUCAGCUCAUAGUAGUGAGGAAUGGAAGUUCCCCCAGAAUAUCUGCUUUUAUAUACAUUAUUUACACAAUGGGCCCCACGUGAUUGGCUAAUUCCGGGAUUCUCCUGUAGGCCAAUCAGGUUGCGGAUUCACUUCCACCUGGAGCUGGAUUGGGUGGCUCCUGCAGACCAAUCAUACUGCUGCAUUGUUCUAGGACCAAUCAGACUGCUGCAUUCUGAAUCCUAUUGUUCUAGGACCAAUCAAACUGCUGCAUUUUGGAUCCUAUUCAUCUCAGUACAUAACAACCGCCAUAAGAAUUGAAGAGAACACAAGGUGUGGCACACAUGACUUAAAAGAUAUACAGAAACUGUUACCAGAAAAUAAGGGUCUGCUUUUCGAUGGCCCAACUCCCCAAGUUCGCUACCAGUCAGAGAUUAAUGAGCUGAGGCAGAAAUCCAGUGAAAGCAAGGCUGAUUUUUAUUAUCUGUUGCAACAGAGCCCCCCUCGCCCCCACCGCCAUUGGCAGGAGGUGAAGAAGGACCUACAGCCAAGGAAAAAAACAACACUCUUUUAAAAGGUUUGCCUUUCCCUCUGGAGAAGGACAUCCCCUUUUGCAAACAUCAGAAAUGUGUCACACAUAAGGUGGGGUUAUAGUGGCUCAGGCAGGUCAAGGUGUGAUAUUCCUGAGGAUUUGCAGGACAAGGCAUCGGACUUCCCAUACACCAACCCAUAUAAAUAAGAGGCCAGUCAGACUGGGUUUUGGGUAAAAACAGGAUACAACCUUAUUGAAUACAGAUGAAAGACGUUUGAGAAGAUAUUGAAUUAUUUGGGUAGGUUUGAACAAUUUGGGGCAAUUAAAAUGUUAAAAGUUAAAUAAACCUUGUGGAUGGAGGAGUGCUAACGUACAUAAAAUUGUACAUAUGGUUGAUUUGAAUAUGUUAUUAUUGAUUAUGUAUACCCAAUGUAUCAGCCGCCUGGGGGGUUUCACUGUUUGUGUUUGGGUGUUGGUAAAAAAUUAAAAUUAAAAUAAUAAUAAUAAUAAAAACAGAUGAAAGAGGUUUGGCUUGGGCAUGGGGCAAUCGAAAUACUUCCGGCCCCGGGAGUGACGUGUGGUCAAUCAAACGGGGGUUCCUAAAACUUACAUCAAAUAGGGUGACCCCCACAGGGACCACUGUCUGGGGGAGUGCCUUCGGCCUUGGCCCCUCUGGGCACCCGGACAGGCCACUCCCCCUGGAUCCCUUUAACGGGAUACCCCAGAAUUUGGAGGGGCAGGCAGGGACUACAACCUCCCCUCCGUCCAAAACAAGAGAUUGCCCCAGUGCUCAACCAGUUGUGACAAAUUGCUAUGAGGUAGGCAAAACCACGGGUCAGUGCCAGUUAGCCUGGUGGGCAAAUUCCUACCUGGCCCAGUAAGAAUGGCGACCACCAUAGCCACAGCAAAGUCAUUGCCUAUCAGUGUAAACCGUGGGUGGGUGGGAUGGGGAGAAAACCCGGCGCAGGGACAGACAGGUCAUGCCCCAGGUGCGGGCUGCUUAAAUGGGCAGGGGCGGAUCCGAGGGAAGCCCACCAUUGGCUCCAUUGGCUCCGCCCACAUCCCAGCCUACAUGCCCCUUCACCAAUGCAGGGUGGAGGCUAAGAUCCAGCUCCCGAUAGGCGAUGGGGGCAUAUACCCCUCCGCGUAUCAGGAAGGGCACUGCCGUUUGAAUUCCAGCGUCGGGGCCCCAGUGAAACCUCUUCCAUCCAGCAACGCCACCGCACCAAGAGAGGUGAGCGGACUUAGCAAGUUUCACGUGGCUCCAGGACAGUUUUACACAAAGCAUUUGCAUUUGAUGAAGACAAUCGGGAUGCCCAUCUGAGCAAACAAUGGCAGAUUCAGGAACUUCUGCUGAUGGCUACCUGCCCACAUGAUCUCAGGCUAGGGGAAUCAUAGAGGCUUUCCCACAAUGCAAAGAGGCAAGAAUACAAUGUUCCACGGGGAAACUCAGGUCUUCCUUGUUUUCACAGGCUAGAGUGAAAGUAUCUGACAUAAGUAUGCAGUGGUACCAAACUUAAUCUGUUCCGGAAGUCUGUUCCAAAAUCAAAGCGUUCCAAAACCAAAGCGCGCUUUCCCAUAGAAAGUAAUGCAAAACAGAUUAAUCCAUUCCAGACUUUUAAAAACAACCCCUAAAACAGCAAUUUAACAUGAAUUUUACUAUCUAACAAGGCCAUUGAUCCAUAAAAUGAAAGCAAUAAUCAACGUACUGGACUAUAAAAUAAAUGAGACAGUAUUGUAGAUGAUAAAAAUUAAAAUUAUUAUUAUUUUCUUACCUGCACUGAAGAUAGUCAUUGUUUGGAUGGGGGGCUUUUAUCCAUUUCCACAGUCACACAAUCAAUCAAUCAAUCAAUCAAUCAAUUAGCUGAACUGGGAUCCACACAGUCACAAAAACAAAUUAACUGAAAAAGCCUCAAAACAAAAAACGCAAAAUAGGUAGCAAAAACAAAAGAACCAAAUAUAAGCUCCAAAUAUCACCUCAGAACACUGCAAUUGGAAAUGGAAGGCUUGAAUUACAAUGGGGGGAUGCAAAUGAGCAGCGCAACAGGAAACAAGGGGGGCGCAAAUGAGCAUAUACUUCUGGGAAUGAGACCCCUUCCACCCACCCACCCACCCACUCGUCUCCAGCCAGGAUGGGACCAUGUGAUGAGCAAAUGGGUAUCUGAGUCUCUGUGUCCCCUUGUCUCUUCUGCCCUGCAGCUGUCCCUUUGGCACCUGUGCUUCUGUCCCCCUCCCCAAGUUCUCAGUCCACCUUCUAACUGAUCCUCCUCUCCCCCCCCAUUUUUGGUCCCUCUCCCUCAGAGCAUUUCCUAUCUGAAGAAGGGUGAGUUUUACCAUCACCACACCAAAGGGACACAGCACAACGCCCUCCACUGUCCUGAGAAACCCUUAAUUCUGAUUUUAUUUUAUUCUUUGGUAGAUUUACAAAAAGAAAAACACACACCAAUAAAUACAUUGGGGCAAGACUGGACACUGAAUUUUAUUUUAAUUUUAUUUUAAAAAAUAAAGACUCCUUGCACUCUGUCCUUUUCCCCUGCCCCCCCCUACAAUAUAGGCUCUUAGUCGCCUUUUCUGCUCAGAAAUUCUGUCUCCCUUCUGCUCUUCAGAAAUACGCUAUCCAUGAGUUGCAGACGCAAGGUGUGCGCUUAUCUCUGCAUAUUUUCUGCCUAGCCUUUCCUAACAACACCCUUAGCAAGAAGCAGAGAUGUCAUGCAGACCUUCAUAGCAGCCAACUUAGAUAACACUUAUUUAUUUUGCCAAUUAAAAGACUGACUGGAAUCAGCUUGAGGGUGAUGACAUCUGGGUAAGAUAGGUGAGUUCCAAGGUAAAAAAACAGUUCCAUAGUUGGAACAUCCAAUUGAAAGUUAACUCGAAGGGCCCAUAGGCUGUUCAUAAGUUCAGAUAACCAAUCAUAUUAUUAGGAAGGUCUGUGCACAAGGUCAUCAUUUAUAGAGAAUGUUAUGAAGGUGCCUUGAAUGUUGUCUUCUAAGCCCAGCUUUUGGAGAAAUCCUCUGGACUACUGAAUAAAGUUUAAUUAUUUCCAUGUGCUGUCUGUCUUCUUUUGGCUCGAAGAACUGGUGAAACCAAGACGCUUCUUUGUAGGGUAACAGUGUUCCACUCCUCCUUUCUCCCCACCGGGGUCGUGUUAGUAUAUAGUUCCGUUCCACCUUAAAAGGAGCAGGCAUGACUGUUGUGUGUCACAUGCCUGUUUACUUCCAGCACAGGUCUCCUGGGAACUUCCGUUUUGUAUAUUGCUUUUGCAUUGCUGUUUUGCUAGACACGAAGGGAAGCAGACAUGUUUUUUCCUUUGUUCCUGAACUAUGCUGAAUAAAUGCUGUAAAUAUGCUUACACAUGACUCUGUCCGCCACUUCCGUUAUGGAGAUUUAUUCACUCUGCUAAUUAGCGUGCUCGGUAGCUUCAGAAGGCUACUGAGGCUUGAGUCACUGAUUGAUUGAUGCUGUUCCGUGACCUGGAGAUCACCCGGCUGCCGGCCGGUGGCUGGAGCCAGCUGGGGGCCUGCCUGAUGCCCCCGUCUCCCUGGCAGCAUCCCAACAGGGUGGCCCGGCCCUCUGCCUGCCCUUCAGAACCAGCAUGUUAUGCAGUGCUGGGCCUCAUUGGUGGCAGCCCCUCUCCUUCCCUGCCUGCUCUUCAGCCGCCACUAUGAGCUGCCCAAAGAGGAGGCUGGCAGUGGCAGCCAUGGAGAGGUCAUGGAGGGACAAUGGGCUAUUGCCUCGCCUCCACCGCUUGGGACAAGUGCUGGCUCAUCGUCUUCUCUGAGCUCAGUGGCGGCAGUACUAGCAGGGAAAAUAGGGACAUUCCAGGAUCAAACCAGAUGCCAGGAUGGCUUUUGUAAUUCCAGGACUGUCCCUGGAAAAUUGGGACACUUGGAGGGUAUGAAAUCUGAAUCACUUUGUAGGUUACAAAGCUCUAGUACUGCAGAGCUUAAAUACCAGAUGAGAAAUGAUGUAGCCCAUGGCUUCUUGGGCCUUGGUUUCUGCCCUUGUAUGUCUUAGUCCUCACCCAAAGUGUAGAAGGUGGUUCUUCAGUGGUAAGAGAAACAGGCCAUGUCAAUAUUAAUCUUAGUAGUGGCCUUCUUGGUAGUGGCACCCGCCCUGUGGAAAACUCUCCUAUCAUAUGUCAAGGAAAUAAGCAACUAUCUGACCUUUAGAAGACACCUGAAGGCAGCCCUGUUUAAGGAAGUUUUUAAUGUUUGAUGCUUUAUUGUAUUUUUAAUAUUUUGUUGGGAGCCGCUCAGAGUGGCUGGAGAAACCCAGCCGGAUGGGCGGGGUAUAAAUAAUAACUUGGCUCAGAGCUGUCCAGCAAAAGCCAGCUGCAGACAGGACAGAUUGGAUAGUGCCACUGUAGUCACCAAGAAGCCUUCCCAUUAUUCCUAAAAGUUUUGAAAGUAUUCCUCUUUUAACACACACACACACACACACACACACACACACACACACGUACAUAGCUUAAUGUAUGAAAAUAAAACCACACAGUGGCUGAUAGUAAUAGUGGCAUUCUAGGAAUAGUGCUUCAAAUUUCAUCUGAGUCGCAAACUCCCUCUAGGAGAUUCUGAAGGUGGGAGACAGCUAGGCUCACAGAGCCAGUGAAGGACCUUUCUUUAGCCACAAGGGUCUUGCCCCACUUGGUUUGACGUGGGAUGCCAAAGACUGCUGCCUCACAGGCCCAGCGCCAUCACAAUCUGCCUUACCUUUCAGCCACAGGUGUGCUUGUGAUGGUGAAUGGUGGCAGGGCAGGGCAGGCAGCCAAUCAGCAAGCGGCUUGUGUCACAGGGCUGCUGCUUGCACCAUCCUGGGAGGACAAAGGAAGCGAGUAUAAGGCCGUGGGAGGGAGGCGUAAGAAUCCAUGGGAAAUAUAGGGCAGAAAUAGCGUAGGGUUCAAGAGAAUCAGACUUGGAAGAAGAGCAAGGGAAAUCCUUGACAGAUAAUCUGGAAGGGAAUCCUAAAGUGAACCACAAGCAGAAGGUACAGUAGUUGCCUCGACACUACAGAAGAUUAUCCAAUGUUGGGAAGAUCUACUUAGGUAAUCCUUGAAUUUUUAACCUCAACCGCCCAUUAAUGGAGCUUAAACUGUUCCCUUUUCACAGUGAAUGUUUUUAUUUGAGAAUUUAAAAGAUAGUUUAAAACUGUUAGGCGACUGCUCCUUCUUUCCCACCUCCUCCAGAUAUUUCUGAGUUUCCUCCUAGCCUUUGCCUCCUUUGCAUAACGACAGACUUGCCUGACUUUGAUGCAGCUCCAGCCACGAAUCGCAGGUGCAACUGCCUGUUGCUUGGUGGCCGCCAAAUGCUGGUGGUUCCCGCUGCUUAUUGGGUCUAAGUUGGUGGCCAUUGCUGCCUCCUGUGGCGGGGAGUUCCACAGUCCUGCAUGAAGAAGGACUUCCUUUCGUUUCUCCCGAAUCUUCCAACACUCAGCUUCAUUGGAUGCCCGUUGGUUCUAGUGUUAGGGGAGAGGAAGAACUUUUCUCUGCCUACUAUCUACAUGCCGUGUGUAAUUUUUACAAACUUCUGAGUUUCCUCCUAAGAUUCCACCCCACCUCUUUGAAUCUCCCUCUUUGCUGGCCGAAUCCCCAGAAUUAGACGCUGCCUCAGCCACGAAUAACAGUGCAAUGGGCUGAUGCUUAGCUACCAGUGUUCUAGUGCUUCCUGCUACCUGUUGGGUCUUUGGUACCAUGACAAAAUUGGCAAAUGGGGAGAUGUUAGAGGCCUCAGAACGAGUCUGCCCCAGUGGCUUGAUGGAGGUAGAAACUGUCUCUCAUGCCUUGUUACUGCCGUUUCUACGGAGAUAUACACUCGGUAUUUAUUACCCCUGCUAUGCAAAGAUCUCCAGAUGAAUCCGAACUUCAAUGUCUAAAAUCCCGGGUAGAGGACAAGGAUCCUGAGAUCACGUUAAAAGGUAAAGGGACCCCUGACCAUUAGGUCCAGUUGUGACCAACUCUGGGGUUGCGGUGCUCAUCUCGCUUUAUUGGCUGAGGGAGCCAGCAUACAGCUUCCGGGUCAUGUGGCCAGCAUGACUAAGCCGCUUCUGGCGAACCAGAGCAGCACACGGAAACGCCGUUUACCUUCCCGCCGGUGCGGUACCUAUUUAUCUACUUGCACUUUGACGUGCUUUCGAACUGCUAGGUUGGCAGGAGCUGGGACCGAACAAUGGGAGCUCAGCCUGUCGCGGGGAUUCGAACUGCCAACCUUCUGAUCGGCAAGUCCUAGACUCUGUGGUUUAACCCGCAGCGCCACCCGCGUCAUCACGUUAAGAUCUCGUUAAGGGUAGUCAAAUUCUGUGCGUUUGCCAUAAAACUUAGGGAACAAGCCGUGCUAUCAUAAUGAUUAAGGCCUUAAAUGAUAAUUUUAGGUGAUAUGCUAGUGACUAAGUUUUAAUUUAUAUAUAUUUUUAACUGUUGCUAUAUCUGUAGUGUCCCUGUUAUACCUAAUUGCAAAUUCAAAUGUAUCCCUAUCGUGUUUUAUGACUUCCUUGAUAUUGUAUGUGGCCUGGAACUGGUCUGUGACCGAAAUAAUAAAUUCAGUUCAAUGUUAGAGGCCUGAUGGUGAACUUGUCCUUUGAGCCAUUGUCUUCAUGGGUGCUUCUUCUUGUCAUUUGAGCCAUGGCCCCCAAGCCGGCGGCGGCGGCGGCACCAACACCACCAGCAGCAGGAGCAGCGCCACCAGCAGGAGCAGCAGCGGCAGCAGCGGCAAAAGGGAAACCGGGUGCUGCUCCUCCGACGAAACCGAAACCACGCUGGCGAAUUCCUCUCAAGGUUGGAUGGAUAUUUCUCGGGAUUUUCGCCUUCAUCUGCUUUUGUGUCUUGGUCACCACGGCUUUCCUCUGUAAGUUCACUCAAAUCACCUCUUGACCAAUCUGCACUGCCUGCGUUCUUGUUGACUUUACCUUGUGCUGUAUAUUGGUGUGUGUGCUGGUCCCGGGGGGGUUACUGUGCGGCGUGGUCUAAGUCCAGUCCUAGGUCAAGGGUAAGGAGGCUGUCCGUCAGGGGCGAAGCAAGGUCCAAAGUGAGGAGUUGGGCGUGGUCAGGAACUCAGGAGAGCAGGUCAGGGUCUGGCAGGAACAGGUUACCAACGAUGUUGCUCCCGCAACCUGGGACUGGGCUGACUGGCCUUUAUCUCCUCUGAGGCCUAGGGCGGCCCUGGUCCACAGGUGACUCGCCUCUCCUGGCCUGGAGGAGAGCACUCCUCCUGCAGGAACUUAGUUCCCUCUGCCUCUCUGCCCUGAGCCUCUGCAGCUCCGGAGAGGCUGGAGGAUUACUGGACCCAGAGGCAACCUCACCUUCCCCUGAUGGGGCUGAGAGUGGAGCACCUGCACGCAAUGGGUCCUCCACCCCCUCAGGAGCCAGAGCAGACUCAGCUGAUGCCUGCUCCUGUGGAUCCAGCACAGGUAAGGACCCUUCAGGCUCAUGCCCCAGCCCUGGCUCAGCUGGUUCUGGAGGCGGGGACUCCUGUGCAGGCUGGGAUUCCUCAGGUUCAGCCUCUGAAUCCGAUUCCCAGGCCAUAACAAUGUGUUAGCAAAUGGGCGCCACACUUUCUUCCUGGCUGACGUUGCGCACGUCAGCGAUGCCCUCCGUAAACCGUGUGGCUGAUCAAGCACAUAUUGGUCCCUCCUCGUGUGGGGGAACUCUGCGUGACCAUGAGAUUCUAACAGUUCAGGCAUUGGUGACCAAGACUGGAUUGCUACAAUGCAAUCUAUCUGGGGCUUCCCUUGGGCCUGAUCCGGAAACUGCAGUGAGUUCGGAACACUGUAGCUGCUCUUGCCAAUAGGAGUGAGUCCUGUUGUCAUGCAACACCUCUGCUCAGAGAUUUGCAGUUUGCUGUGUUGAUACCAUGCCAGGUGCAGAGACGUAGCUAUAGGGGCGAGGGGCUAGGCAGGUUUUUUGCCUGGGGUGAAGCCUUCAGAUGGGUGCCAUUGAGGUUCCCAGACUCACUCUCUCUGUGUACUAAACUGGGUCUUUGAUCCAGGUGAAAGAAGCCUAGUUUCGCCCGCCACAUGCAAAGUUUUAGUUAUGGUAUGAAAAGCCCUUAACACCUUGGGAUGGGUUUACUGGUGGGAUAUGCGGCCUAGGACCCACGUACCUACGGGACGGCCUCUGCUGGUAUGCCCCACGGAGGACCUUAAGGUCCACAAAUGACAACACCUUGGGGGUCCCAAGUCGCAAGGUGGUUAGAUUGGUCUCAACUAGGGCCAGGGACUUUUCAGCACUGGCCCUGACGUGGUGGAACGCUCUGGCACAAGAGACUAGGGCCCUGUGGGACUUGACAUCUUUCCGCAGGGCCUGCAAGACAGAGCUGUUCCGCCUGGCCUUUGGUUUGGACAUGGUCUGACCCUUAUGUUUCCCUCCCCUUAUGGUUUUGAACUAUGGGCUACUAUUAAAAUGAGGCUGCAUUUUAAAUUGUAUUUUAACCCAUAUUUUAAAUUGUUUCUUUCCCCCUCCCCUAUUAUGUUAUUAUUGUGAUUUUACUGGUUUUAGCCGCCCUGAGCCAGGCUCUGGCGGGAGCGGGAGGCGGGAUAUAAAUAAAUAAAUUAUUAUUAUUAUUAUUAUUAUUAUUAUUAUUAUUAUUAUUAUCUUACCUGAUGUAUGCCAACUCUGCUGCUUUGAAUGGCAGAACUCACACUUCACAGGUGCUAAACUAGGGUUACCGGACAUCCCCGUUUCCCCAGGGACAGUCCUCUGAUUUGUGAAUAAGUCCCCAGACAAAUUCCAUCCCCAGAAUGUGCCCGGAUUUCAUCUAAUGUCCCCGGGAAACGCAGCAGCGGCAGUCUCAGCAGCCCGGAGCAGUUGGCUCUGGCUGGCUUCAGGAGCUGCUCGGAAGUCCCCAUCUGAUGGUGGUGCAGGGGCUCUAAGACGCAGCUUCCGGGCUGCCUCCCCCUUCCCUGACCCCAGCAACUAAGCUGGGAAGGGAGGCUUCAUGCUGCCUAUCAGAGCAGCCUCCCAACUCCUACUUGCAUGCAAGCAGGAGGGGGCAGGGAUCUCUCAGUUAGGCAAUGGGAAGCUUCCCUUCCCAUCUGAGAGGUCCCUGCCCCCUCCUGCUAAUACGCAAGUAGGAGUUGGGAUGGGGUUGCUCUGAAAGUCAGUGUGAAGCCUCCCUUCCCUCUGCCACUGCCAUCGCUGCAGCAUCAACAUCCCGAACGUGUAGCAUGUAUGUUUGCAUUUAUUUAUUUAUUUAAAAAGUCCCCGGAUUCAUUGAAAAAAAAUCUGGUAACCUUAUGCUAAACAAUACUCUUUCCACACUUGUAAGAAAUCAUUAUUUUAGUGUGGCAGCACCUGCACUUUGGAAUUCCCUGCCCAUUGGUAUCAGGCAAGCUCCUUCGCUGUAUUCUUUUUGCUGCCCACUUACAACAUUUUUGUUUAGGCAAACAUAGACGCUGAUGUGUCAUGAUUUCUUUUUGGCUUACUGCUGAUUUUAAUUAUUUUUUUAAAAAAGGUUUUAAUUUACUUGUUUUGAACUGUUUUCAUUGAUAGUCUUAACAUUUCUUGCAAACCACUAAAGUGUUUUGUUACAAUCACGUCGUAUAUAAAUUCUGUCUAUUUAUUUAAUUAAUUAAUUUAAAAAGGUCUGUUUAAAAGGAUUUUGGGUAAAGAUCCCUGUUUGAGACCUUUCUCCCUAUGUAAUAAUAAUAAUAAUAAUAAUAAUAAUAAUAAUAAUAAUGUACUAUUUAUAUCCCGCCCAUCUGGCUGGGUUUCCCCAGCCACCCUGGGCAGCUCCCAGCAGAAUAUUAAAAGCACAAUAAACAUCAAACAUUUAAAACUUCCCUAAACAGGGCUGUGUUCAGAUGUCUUCUAAAAGUCAGUUGUUUAUUUCCUAGACGGGAGGGCGUUCCACAGGGCAGGUGCCACCACCGAGAAGGCCCUCUGCCUGGUUCCCUGUAACCUCACUUAGGCAGUGCUGGGCAUAGUGAAGCAAACUCUGAAGAAGGUAUCUUCACAUGUUUAUGGGGACGUGUGCAUGCAGGGAGAUGGGGAAAGGUUAUUUAACAGCUUCACAUUAAAAUUACCUGUAUUUGUUUCAAUGACUUUAGUUUAUAAGAUGAAUAAAGAAAAGGAAAGCCCACUUGAUCAGCCAAUGGAUAAACUGAGGACCGCAAUGGCAACUGGGCUAAGAAAUAAUGAUCUCAUGACUGAAAAUCGUAAGUGGAAGCACAAUAAUCCUUUGUUUCUGGUUGUUUUAGAACACCCCCUGCCCCCCCCAAAGCCCCAACAGAAGAUAGAGAACAAGAGAGAACCUAUAUCUUGACCUGGCUGUGUGGGAAGUAUGCCACAAGACAUCCAGUACAAACUUAAAAGAAGCUUAGGAUCUCACCUUCCAUCAAUAGGAAAUAUGGAAGCCAUCUUUGGAAUGAGUACUGAAGAAAUGAACCUAUGCUGCCAAUUCUCGUAGUAAGACCAGUAUGAAGUAAGCAGCACAUAGGUGGCACACAAAACACUAACAAACCAUUCUACGUUCUAAAUCUUAUAUUAAUAAUCCAAAAAUUGAGAGAUUAAGGUACAAGAUCUACUACAGAAGCCACAAACAGAAAACUCAUUCAAAUUGUGUACAAAAGGAAGAUUCAAUCUUUAAAGUUCCUUAAGCCAGGCUUCUGUAGAUAUCAACAAAGGUAAGUUUGAUCAAACGAAGUGCCGGCGAUGUUGCGCUCAAGGGUUAGAUAUCAACGAGGAUAAGUUUGAUCAAACAAAGUGUCGGUGAUGUUACGCACGAGAGUUAGACAGGGUGCCGGCGUUUGUCACCUGUUUCGCCCAUGAAGAGUCUUGGGCUUCUUCAGUAAAUUCUCUCUCACGGUUUUGAUAUAUUUAUAGACAUUCAAGUCCAUAUGUUACAUUCCUUCUUGGCUUAAGCUACAAUAUUUAAUUUCUUUCUUCAGGAAAUUCUCCCUCAAGAUUUUGGUGUAUUUACAUACAUUGGCUUAGCAAAUGAAUAAAUGCUUAAGUCCAGAAAGAACUUAGCAUAUGAAGUUGAAUGUAUGUAAAUUCUCUCAAUUUUUGGAUUAUUAAUUUAAGAUGUAGAACGUAGAAUGGUUUGGUAGUGUUUGGUGUGCCACUUAUGUGCUGCUUACUUCAUACUGAUCUUUUGAAUGAGGGCUCACCCACACUUCCACUUGCCUCGCCAUUUCCCUCCAGGGGAAACUGGCUGUUUGCCACUGAAUCAGAGCAAAGAUCAAUCUGGUUUUCUCCAGAUUGAUGUUUGCACCCAUUUAGCACUAGAGUGGGUUUCCUGGGGGAAAGCGGUGGGCCAAAGGCAAAAUUGCUUGGACCCAAGCGGAAAAAACACUCAGAGCAGUCUUUUCUAGGCACGACUCACAUGGAUGUGUGGAUGAGCUCUACAUCUGUAUACCGGCUCCUUCCUUCUUGUGCUUUGGCUCUGCUUCAGGAUUCUAUUCCUUAGUGCUCAUUAUUGGUGGAUGCAGUGAACUAUCUUCUUUAGGAUAACCAUCUUUUCCUUCAGCUUUCUGUAUGUUGUGGAUGGAAACAGGGCAGAUGCAGAUUUAGUCCAGGUAGAGAAAUUGUAUCUGUAAUAUUUAGACAGCAAGGUGAAAUCAAUGAAAACUCUGUUCAUAUUUGGGGUUAGGAAUCACACUAUCAUAUUUUCUAGUCUUUGUCUAAUGAUCUUAAUAAGGAGUAAGGUGAAUAUCUAAAGUAUCAUCCUCUGACCCAUGAUUCUGAUUGGUCUAUGACUUCAGAACUUGAAGAACUUAUUUGUUCACCUUAAAAACCACCACCACCACCAAUUUUAUUAUUUGUACCUCGCCCAUCUGGCUAGGUUGACCCAUCCACUCUGGGGAUCCUUAUUUUGAUUUUGGAGGCUAUUUUGGGUUUUUGCUAAUGUUCUUUAAGCUAUCAGCUGUUUUAGCUUUGGGGGUUUUUUACACUUGAUUUGGUUGUUUUCUUGGGUGAGAUAGGAAGGUGGGAGACAGUUAUUUAAAUAAAUGGAAGUGUUGGGUGGGAGAAAAGAAACCCUCAUCUAAGUUUGGGGAUGCUUUCAGCCAUGAAGGUAGCUGAAGAAGUCACGAACCUGCCACAGCACAUAGCAGAUGCCGAAAACCUCUACAACGAGCGGAAAGUAAAGUACCGUAAGUGCCUUCAACCCUCAAUAUGGUGCCGUGGCACAUUUUGGGAAUAUAAAGGCAAGCAAACUUAGAUGAGCUGAAAUGUGAUACUGUGGGUUAUAUUGGAGAUAUUAACAGUGUGCAAUUUGAAGUGACUGGAUGCAUAAAAACUGACUCUUUUUUGCCCAGACCCAUUAGAUAUUAUUCAAAAACUUUACUUGAAGAACUUUCUUCAAAACAGAUCAAAAGCAUCAAAGAUACACCCACAUGUUGUUGUUUAGUCAUUUAGUCGUGUCCGACUCUUCGUGACCCCAUGGACCAGAGCAUGCCAGGCACUCCUGUCUUCUACCGCCUCCUGCAGUUUGAUCAGACUCAUGUUUGUGGCUUCGAGAACACUGUCCAACCAUCUCAUCCUCUGUCAUCCCCUUCUCCUUGUGCCCUCCAUCUUUCCCAGCAUCAGGGUCUUUUCCAGGGAGUCUUCUCUUCUCACGAGGUGGCCAAAGUAUUGGAGCCUCAGCUUCAGGAUCUGUCCUUCCAGUGAGCACUCAGGGCUGAUUUCCUUCAGAAUGGAUACGUUUGAUCUUCUUGCAGUCCAUGGGACUCUCAAGAGUCUCCUCCAGCACCAGAAUUCAAAAGCAUCAAUUCUUCGGCGAUCAGCCUUCUUUAUGGUCCAGCUCUCACUUCCAUACAUCACUACUGGGAAAACCAUGGCUUUAACUAUGCGGACCUUUGUUGGUAAGGUGAUGCCUCUGCUUUUUAAAAUGCUGUCUAGGUUUGCCAUCGCCUUUCUCCCAAGGAGCAGGUGUCUUUUAAUUUCGUGACUGCUGUCACCAUCUGCAGUGAUCAUGGAGCCCAGGAAAGUAAAAUCUCUCACUGCCUCCAUUACUUCCCCUUCUAUUUGCCAGGAGGUGAUGGGACCAGUGGCCAUGAUCUUCGUUUUUUUUGAUGUUGAGCUUCAGACCAUAUUUUGCGCUCUCCUCUUUCACCCUCAAUAAAAGGUUCUUUAAUUCCUCCUCACUUUCUGCCAUCAAGGUUGUGUCAUCUGCAUAUCUGAAGUUGUUUAUAUUUCUUCCAGCAAUCUUAAUUCCGGCUAGGGAUUCAUCCAGCCCAGCCUUUCGCAUGAUGAAUUCUGCAUAUAAGUUAAAUAAGCAGGGGGACAAUAUACAGGCUUGCCAUACUCCUUUCCCAAUUUUGAACCAAUCAGUUGUUCCAUAUCCAGUUCUAACUGUAGCUUCUUGUCCCACAUAGAGAUUUCUUAGGAGACAGAUGAGGUGAUCAGGCACUCCCAUUUCUUUAAGAACUUGCCAUAGUUUGCUGUGGUCGACACAGUCAAAGGCUUUUGCAUAGACAAUGAAGCAGAAGUAGAUGUCUUUCUGGAACUCUCUAGCUUUCUCCAUAACCCAGCGCAUGUUUGCAAUUUGGUCUCUGGUUCCUCUGCCUCUUCUAAAUCCAGCUUGCACUUCUGGGAGUUCUCGGUCCACAUACUGCUUAAGCCUGCCUUGUAGAAUUUUAAGCAUAACCUUGCUAGCGUGUGAAAUGAGUGCAAUUGUGCGGUAGUUGGAGCAUUCUUUGGCACUGCCCUUCUUUGGGAUUGGGAUGUAGACUGAUCUUCUCCAAUCCUCUGGCCACUGCUGAGUUUUCCAAAUUUGCUGGCAUAUUGAGUGUAGCACCUUAACAGCAUCAUCUUUUAAAAUUUUAAAUAGUUCAGCUGGAAUAUCAUCACUUCCACUGGCCUUGUUAUUAGCAAUGCUUUCUAAGGCCCAUUUGACUUCACUCUCCAGGAUGUCUGGCUCAAGGUCAACAACCACACUACCUGGGGUAUAUACACCCACAUAAUUCAAUACAAUAUCUUGUGCUGUGCAGCACAGACCAAGCAUCUUAGAAAUAAAAUAUAAUUCCAAACAGAACUGUUUUUAAAAAGCUCUCUCUCCUUACGGCCUCCAUUUUGCCUGGAGUUGUUUUCCUGCAGAGACAUUUAAACCUCCUUACUUCCUCAGAGAUUUGGAAAUGAAGACUAAAGGCAACUCCCUUUCAAAAUGGAGAUUUUCAGCCAAAUACCUUUGUCACCUGAUCUAUGGUUAAACACUCACGUGUUAGCUAGCAGAAAACAACAGUGCUUAACAUCUUGAAGCUGUUGGGCAAGGUCUUUAGGGGAUUAGGGUCAUGGUGUUACCAGUGUGCUGAUGAUACCCAGCUCUAUUCAUCCUUGUCAUCUGAGUCAGCUGGAGCAGUGCAUGUGCUUGAUUAGUGUUUGGAGACAGUGAUGGGCUAGAUGGAUAGCGACCAGUAAAUGGAGGCUGAAUUUUGGCAAGAUGAAGGUGCUAUGGAAUGAUAGUUCCUCAAUCUGGGAAUUGAGUAGGCAGCCUGUUCUGAAAGUAUGCCCCUCCACCCCUGGGAAGGAUUAGGUCUGUAGUCUUGGGAUGCUAUUAGAAUCCAGCUUGUUACCAGAAGCUCGGAUGUCUUCAGUUGUGUGGAGCCUGGUUGUUCCAGGAUGGCGAUGGUUCACCCUCUAGUAACCUCCAGGACAGACUUUUUCAAUGUGUUCUAUGUGGGGCUGUCCCAUAGCUGUCAACCGUUCCUUAUUUGGCGGGAAACUCCCUUAUCCCAGGGCCGUGUCCCUUAUUGAUGAUGUCCCUUAAAUUUCCUGGGUUUCAAAGGAAGCAACUCCUCUUCCGCCCUCCCUGCCAGCCAGGGAGGAGGGAGGUUCCAACUGUGUUGCUUGGCUGUGUUGCUCACCCAAUAAGGAGUCUAAGAACGACUGGGGGGUGGAGCUUGCAUGCUUUGUGCCGAUCAAAUCAGCCGCAUUGCCUGGGGACUCGCCUUUGCUCAGCGCUUCCCAGCGGAGAAGUGACUGUGGUUAUCCUUGCUGCAUCCCCUUUGCCGGGUUGCUGCGCUGUGGGAACCACCCAUUGAGGCUUCGUUUGGCUGCCGGCUGGGCUUUCUGCCUUUGGCUCGGAGGGGCUCAGAAGUUGAACAUACCUGUGCCAGGAAAAUCCCUUAUUUUGGCUGCUGAUCCCUUAUUUUCGAGGCUGCUGGUCCCUUAUUUUCAAAUCUGUAAGUUGACAGCUAUGGGCUAUCCUUCAAGGUGGUUCAAAGGUUACAGCUAGUCUCACAUGCAGCCACCAAAGAUCAUAUAGCUCAAGCAGCCAGGGCAACUCUUUUAGAGUCUAUUUAAUAUUCAAGGUUUUGGUUUAUCAUAGAAUCAUAGAGUUGGAAGAGACCACAAGGGCCAUCGAGUCCAACCCCCUGCCAAGCAGGAAACACCAUCAGAGCACUCCUGACAUAUGGUUGUCAAGCCUCUGCUUAAAGACCUCCAAAGAAGGAGACUCCACCACACUCCUUGGCAGCAAAUUCCACUGUCGAACAGCUCUUACUGUCAGGAAGUUCUUCCUAAUGUUUAGGUGGAAUCUUCUUUCUUGUAGUUUGGAUCCAUUGCUCCGUGUCCGCUUCUCCGGAGCAGCAGAAAACAACCUUUCUCCCUCCUCUAUGUGACAUCCUUUUAUAUAUUUGAACAUGGCUAUCAUAUCACCCCUUAACCUCCUCAUCUCCAGGCUAAACAUGCCCAGCUCCCUUAGCUGUUCCUCAUAAGGCAUCGUUUCCAGGCCUUUGACCAUUUUGGUUGCCCUCCUCUGGACACGUUCCAGUUUGUCAGUGUCCUUCUUGAACUGUGGUGCCCAGAACUGGACACAGUACUCCAGGUGAGGUCUGACCAGAGCAGAAUACAGUGGCACUAUUACUUCCCUUGAUCUAGAUGCUAUACUCCUAUUGAUGCAGCCCAAAAUUGCAUUGGCUUUUUUAGCUGCCGCGUCACACUGUUGGCUCAUGUCAAGUUUGUGGUCAACCAAGACUCCUAGAUCCUUUUCCCGUGUACUGCUCUCAAGUCAGGUGUCCCCCAUCUUGUAUUUGUGCCUCUCAUUUUUUUGCCCAAGUGCAAUACUUUACAUUUCUCCCUGUUAAAAUUCAUCUUGUUUGUUUUGGCCCAGUUCUCUAAUCUGUCAAGGUCGUUUUGAAGUGUGAUCCUGUCCUCUGGGGUGUUAGCCACCCCUCCCAGUUUGGUGUCAUCUGCAAAUUUCUCUAAAUUCUGCAAAUAAAUUCUCUAAACCAGUAGCAGGGAACCCACUGGCCUAUUUAUUUCAACAAUGUGUAUACUGCUUAGACUCAUAGAACUGUAGUGUUGGAAGGGAUCCCAAGGAAUCUCAACUAAAGCAUCCACUGUAGUCUCUAAGCAGGCUACAGAAAGGUUAUAAUAUUGAUACGACAGAGGUAAAAAUAGUUAAAAUUAACCCUAAAAUCAGUAAGAUGCCUGCUGAAAUAAAAAAGGUCUUCAUUGAUAAGGGCUGAUAUGGGUCCCAAGGAGGUCAUUCUCCACAAACAACUUCCACCUGCCUCACAGCUGAUGUCAUACACGACACCAGAAACUUAAAGUGAGCUCCCGGUUGUUCCUUUAAAGGAAAGGUUCCUGGUCAGUGCCAAGCAGCUGAAAUUGGGAGUGUGCCUUCUCUGAAAACAGCGUGAUGAUAGACAUGGGAUUCUAGAAGCUUCUAGUAAGCUGGCCGUGGUUUUCAGUAAUCUGAACUGGGUCAGGUUGUUGCAAUCAAAUAUUGCCCUGUCUUGUGGAUAUACCAAAAAUCACAUGAGUCAGUGGGUGGAGAAGGAGUUGUAUUUGUAUUUUAUUUCUGUGCAGAAAGGACCAGCAGGGAUGUUUCCCCAAAUUAACUGGCCCCAGACAAAGCGUUCCAAACAGUUUUAUACAUUUGGAACAAAUUCCAUACAUUCCAUUAAGUUUAAAUUUCCUAUCCAAUAGUUUCCCUCACCCCAGCUGUCUCCCUAUGAGCAGUCCAAAUUACAAACAGUGUGAGCAUGCGUGCUGACUACCAUUUUAAACAAAGGAGCUUCCGCAUGGUCUGCUAGAUUUCGCAGGAUUAGAUUUCACCUCAGUACAGUGGACGUUCGGGUUGCGAACGUGAUCCGUGUGGGAGGCACAUUGCCGCGUUGCAAUUUGGUGCUCCUGCACAUGCGCAAAGAGCAAUUUAAUGCUUCUGCGCAUGCGCAACUGCCAAAACCUGGAAGUAACCUGUUCCGGUACUUCCAGGUUUCGGCGGGUCCGUAACCCAAAAAAACGCAACCUGAAGAGUCUGUAAUGAAGAGUCUGUAAAGGAGGGGGUUCUUCAGGAAUUCCCCAACACAAGAGCUCUAGGGAAUGUGUUUCCACCAGUCUUUAAACUCUUUCUGGGAUAGUCUUCUAAUGCUGAGGAUUCUGAAUCAAUAUCCUGGGUCAUGACCAUCAUCAGCCUCAUAGACAAUGAUUAUAAGUGCCUCUCAAGUUUGCUCAAAAUCUUCCCACCUGAACCUUUCCAAUGAAAACACUUUGAGACAAUGUUUAUUGUCUUGGGGGUCAUUUCCUUCCUCCUAAAAGCUCAAAGCAUGUGUUGGGUCAACCGACUGAGUCCAUUCCCCAAGCAAAACGUUUUGAGGUAAGCCAGGCUGAGAGGAUGACUCUUCCCCAAAUCCCAGAACUGCCCUUAGUCUACAUGCAACACAGUGCCGGGUAUGUUAAAGUCUUUGCAUUAAUUCCUCCUAGAAAACCUCUUCAAGAAAGGUGCAAAGUCUUCUGGUGGCUGGAAGCUUUUUGGGAAGAAUCUCUACUACGUUUCAAAAGGGAAAAAGACCUGGUAUGAUGCCGAGAACUUCUGCAUGUCCAGAGAUGCCCAUUUGGCCUCCAUCCUGACUGAUGAAGAACAGGUUAUAUAAUAAUAAUAAUAAUAAUAAUAAUAAUAAUAAUAAUAAUAAUGUUUAUUCCCCUGCCACUCUGGGCUCCCAACAGAAUAUUAAAAACAACGAAAUAUCAAACAUUAAAAACUUCCCUUAACAGGGCUGCUUUCAGAUGUCUUCUAUAAGUGAGAUAGUUGUUUAUUUCCUUGACAUCUGAUGGGAGGUCAUUCCACAGGGUGGGCACCACUACCAAGAAGGCCCUCUGCCUGGUUCCCUGUAGCUUCACUUCUCACAGGGAGGGAACCGCCAGAAGAUUCUCAGAGGCGGACCUCAGUGCCCAGACUGAAUGAUGGGGGUGGAGAUGCUCCUUCAGGGAUACUGUUAUACCUCAUGUAUACUGAACAAUAUAUACAUUGUUCUUCUUUCUCUCUUGCUAUUUGGGGUUUAUUAGCAUCUUCUCCAAUGCCUGUAUUUUUCUGACUGUCUUUCAACUGUCACAUGCAAAUACUUCAUGACCUCUUGCAAAUACUGCUGUACCUUCUUCCUCUCCACACACCACAAACCCUGGUCUGCCAGAGAUCCUGUCCUGAAAUGUGUCACCACAAAAGAGUGUGACUUUGAGCACGAUCCCAUUUGCACAGGAAGUGAUGGUGAAUCUCAGCAGGUGAUGGUGGGGCGUCAUUGCUUGGGCACCCUAGAACAGGAGUCAGCAAACUUUCUUCAGGGGGCUGAUCCACUGUCCCUCAGACCUUGGGGGGGGGGCGGACUAUAUUUUGAAAAAAAAUAAUGAACAAAUUCCUAUGCCCCACAAAUAACCCAGAGAUGCAUUUUAAAUAAAAGGACACAUUCUACUCAUGUAAAAACACCAGUCAGGCCCCACAAAUAACUCAAAGAUGCAUUUUAAAUAAAAGGACACUUUCUACUCAUGUAAAAACACGCUGAUUCCUGGACCGUCUGUGGGCCGGAUUUAGAAGGCGAUUGGGCCGGAUCCGGCCCCUGGGCCUUAGUUUGCCUACCUAUGCCCUAGAACAUUCCCCCUAAUUUUUUGGCAAUUCCGAGAUUUGGUGAUGGAUGUGCAAGUGGUGUGAAUUGUUCAUGCAGGUCAUGGAGCCCAUUUAAUUGCUUAGCACAUAACGUGGGUUUACUUGUCAAGGAUUAUGAACUUUGAAAAAGACAUCAUGGAGCAAAGGACAUAUGGAAGCCCAGGAAUGCUUGUAUCUCUUUAUUGCCAUGAUGCUGAAUUCCAGUCCCCUCUUUCUGCAGACCUACAUCACUUCUCAACUCACCACUCCUGCCUGGAUUGGCCUUACAGAUGAAAGUGAGGAAGGCAACUGGGAGUGGACAGAUGGCUCCAGAUUAAUAACACAGUGAGUCUACAGAAACAUACCCCAGGAGGUGAUGCUUCUGCAUGUCUGAGAUGACUGCACCAUUUCUUGCCAACCCUGUAGCAGAACUUAGGGUCCCCUUCAUUUGGGGUACCGGUCCUAAGUACUCAGGCCCCAGCAAGAGAGAACUUACCUUUAGAAUUUGCUGUAGGACCUCAUUGACACAAAAGAGAGUGUUCCUUGCUGGGGAGGGUUGAGGAUGGGAGAUCUGAGCAUUACCUCCCUAGGACCACCAUUUUACUGUCUCCUUCAAAGUCUACAUGGCUCCUCCACAGGGAGUGGACAUAACGCAGAGAUCAGGUGUAGAGGAAAUGUACACUUGCCUGCCAUAAUAUGGGCAUAGACAGGAUUUAUGUUGGGGGUGUCUGUCACGCACCUGUGCCGUUCCAGAACUGAGCUACCUCCAAUGUGAUUGGUCAGUUUGUGGAAGCCACGCCUAUCACUCAGUUGGGUUGCCAGUUGCAAUGCUUUGGCUAAACUUCGUGGGGGUGGUGGUGGAAUAAAAACCAAAAACAUGGACAUUUUGCAAAUUUUAAAAAACCCACCCGGACAAAACAAUUAACCAUAAAAAAGAGGAUGUGUCCAGGAAAAUCUGGACAUAUAGCAACCCUAGCUUUGUUAGGCUCAGCCUCUUUUUUCCGAUUUUCCUAUAUAAUACAAGUCCUCCUGCACCCCCAGGUACUGGUCUGCUGGCAAUCCAAACAGCUGGGAGAACUAUGGAGACUCAGAGGAAGAUUGUGCUUCCAUUAUUCCUUCAUCUAGAGAAAAAAAUUGGAGCGAGUGUAACUGCCAUGAACUUCACAGUUGGGUUUGUAAGGAGAGCCUAGAUACGGGAGAAUUGUAA